GACCAUCACCACCAAACCAACCAACAACAACCUCAACUCACCAAAGAUAUACCAAUUAACAAACGAUGUACCAUCAAAACCAGAGACCCAGCUCACACCAAGAACUCAUCCCAUCAUCAUCCACAUCACCAUCACCAUCACCAUCCAGAAACCAACAACAACAACCCCAACAACAACAGCAGCUACGAACCAAAGAACAGAAACAACAUGCUUUCGGCGCCGAUUCUGAUGAUGAUGAUGAGGAGGAGAACAAUAACAACAACAACAACAACAACAGCGAUAGCGAUGAAGACGAUGGCCUCGGGUUCCAAGUCUACAAAGAUCAAGCUUCGACUCCUCGUUAUCUUAAUGUAAACACAGGGCCCCCUACCCCGAGCAGCGCUCAAUCGAAUAACAUGACGGCGAUGCAACAACAGACGAAGAGAGGAGGAGGAGGAGUUGCAGGAAGCAUGAUGACCGGGACGACGAAUCGGGGGCCACCAUCGUACCGAUAUCCGCCCGAAGACUCGCAACAACACUCGACGAUGCAUUCGCAAAUCUCGCCGACGACGAUGACCUACAAGCCCGCGCCCUCGGACCUGGUCCAGAUGCCCGCCCUCGGCUCCGACUGGACCAAGGACGAGUCCAAGCGCGACAAGGAUUGGGAGGGCAAGGACACCCUGAUCGAUAAGACGAAAUGGCUCGACCGCAAACAGAAGAUCCGCAGUAAGAAGCAGGUCGUCGAUAGUCAGUUCCGCGACUUCCUUGCCGGAAGAAGACGGCUUGGGGGCUGGUUCACAAGGGUCAUGGCGCUCGUCUUGCUGCUCUUUUCACUCUUACUGGCGGUCCUAUUGAUCUACUUCCUAGUACCAAGGGUUCCGGAAGUAGCCUACAACAACGAGACGACGUUUACCGGCGACAGCGCAAAUGGACUCAGUUUCCAAACCCUUGAACCCGUCAGGUUCGAGUUCAACGGGAAAAUCAACCUGGCAAUGACCGCCAAAAGCUCCUAUGUUCAGCCCAAAACGAGCAUCAUUACCGUCAUCAUCAAGGACUUGUCGUCGGCCGGCAACCCCGUCGAGGUCGCCAGAGGCUCGAACUCGGACUCUCUUAGUAUCAGUAAUAAGGAGUACACGCCGUUCUCUGUCGACCUUAAUUUCCGUUACUCGGCAAAUUCGAGUAAGGAUCCGGUGUGGACAGCAUGGCACGAAGCAUGCGGCCACAAAUGGCCCGGGAAGGAAGACCGGCCCAAGCUCCAAAUCGGGAUCAUUGUCUUGUGGUCGCUCAAAGGUCGCGCCGGAACGUUCGAGGAACGCACAAUCUUGAAUGACUUUAUGUGUCCCGUCGAGCUUCCGGCUAGUGCUGCUUGAUCUUUUUAUUCCUUACCCUUAUUAUUUGGUUUUCUUCUUGGUUUGGAUUGGUAUUUAAACUCGGUUAUUUGUUCAUGCUCUUCAUUUUAUUUAUAUGUAUACACACACACCCACUCAAAUCUAUCAACACCUUCUUUCCUUCCUUCUCUCUCUCUUUCUCAUUUCUUUUAUUUCCAUUGUUCAACCAUUGGCAACUUUUUUUUUUUUUUUUUAU